CAGCAAAGGCAGUUGUUGUGUCAGGCGCUGGCAUUUUCGGAAAGAACGGUCUCCAUUUUGCUUGCUUCAAUAUCCCAGUAGCAAAGCUCAGUUCACUAGCAAUAUAGAAAUCGAAUGCAGCACAGUCGCCGCUUGUAGAUUUCAGAGACCUAUCGCGGAUUGCAGGCGAGUUCGAGCGGAGUGUGCCUUCUUCUCCGUUUUCCUAUCAGUGCUACUCUUCUUAAAAUCAUACGAAAUCGCGUUUAUUCGUGGAGAACCGACGAAAACAACCAAACGGGCACAGUUUGCUGAGGUACAUACUUUGCGGUCCUUCCCACCCCCUCGCGAAGCGCAUCGGAGAAUACUUUGCAGAUUAUUUGAUCCGGUGCUGUUAGAUAUAAUCCAUCGUGCCACUAGGUGGAUCGCAGUAAACAUAGAGCAGUGGCAUCGAAGAAAAAAGAAAAAGCCGCAAGCAAAGAUCUUGAACAAACCCCUCCUGCUACCUACUCUUCACGGCAACCGACUCCUUUCCGCUGUGCAUCCGAGUGAGGUUAAAGAGUUUUGUUCCCCCGACACCAUCGUUCGAUCUGGAACGCGCAUCGCCGAGUACCCAAACGCUAGGAAAAUAAUAAAAAAAAACGCGACAAAACAAUCGUGCGAACAAAGAAGAAACAAACGCACUCUCACACCCGUAUUUACAGAUUGUGCUUGUAGUGUUUGCAGCGCAUACCGUUGCCGUUGCAGUUGCAGUUGCAUUUGUGUGCCCGUUUGUGCCGGUGGUGAUUCUUCGUCCCGCCGCGAUUUCUAACAGAAUCGUUCGCUCGGCCGUGGCAUAAGGACGGACCAAACACAAGCGUGGAAGGCCGGUCGGUGACCAUGUUUACCUGUCAGUGCCUGAACGUGUCGAUAACCGUAAACGAUGAGAGUUUCCUCAAUAUCACCCACCCCGUACAAGAGACGCUAAAAAGUGAUCCGAACGUACCACGGCGACCGGUGCCACCAGGAACGGCAGCAGGAGGAGGAGGAACCACCGGCAUCGUCGAUGGAAAAUCUCGCGAGCUGGCCUGUUUCUUCCAAGAGGCCAUUGGACCCCUACCGGAGGCGAACGUGAGUGUUCAACUGACGACAUUGUUGAAACCACUCUUGUGCGAACGCUGGGAGGUGAGCAAAUGUUUGAACUGCAGCUGCCUAGUGUUCGCCCGCGAUCCUCUAGGAAAUCCUACGGCGCUCCUCGUCAACCCGUCCCUUGCUACUACCGCCGAAGCCAUUGCGCAACGGAUGGCCCAGGAGAACUAUUCGCCCGCGUACAGAAUCAUGCUUGAUGGGCGCGCCGCGGACUUCCGUGGGUUCUACCGGAAGGACGAGUACCGCAGCCUGUUCAAUGCCGCGGCCAACACGCUCGACAGCACGAACGACAGCAACGAACUGCUGGAACAGCUGAGGGCGUUUAUGCGCGCCGAAACGCAGCUGGCAAACGAGCGCAUCGCGCGCUUUACGCAAGAGCUGAACGAGCAGCUGUGCAACAUGCGUGACCGGGCGGAGCAGGACUAUCUGUUCCUGGCGCAAAGCUUUGUACCUGAACUAGAAGCUAACAAAAGUGGCGAUGCUGCAGUGCCGCCGACGACGACAACGACGACGACGAUUGGGAACGCCGUGAAAAUGCCCACGAUGGUGCGCUCCACUAGUGGCGGAGAUCGGCGCAUGGAGGAGGGAGGUGAUGAGAAAGCGGUCGUAGGCGGUGGUCCAGUCCCUGCGAAAGCCCUCGCCCAGCUGAUGACGAAUGUGACCACAACGGCCGGUGCUGGAGGGGUUUCCGAUUCCCAGCCAGGCAGUCAGAUGGAAACACCUCCGCCAACACCGGAGUGUAUGCCAAUGUCGACCGGAAACAGUCCACCGUCGAUGGUACACGGAGGAUCUAGUGGCGGCGGCGGUGGUAGUGUAGUCGGUAGCUCUACGGAAUCGUCCGCCAUGAGCACGGGUGAGGUCAAAUCGCAGCGAGUAGAACAAAACUCGAGGACUUCAUCCAUCUCGUCCAAUUCGUUCGCUUUGGAUGGUCAGGAAGCGACCAACGGGGGAAGUGGCGCCUUAAGGUCACAAUCGAUCGCCGCCGGCAUGCGGCCAGCGCUCAGCAACAGUGUUGCUAAUACCAUCAACAACAAUACUACUACGAACCGAGGUGCCAUUAACAAACCACCAACUCAACAGCAGCAGCAGCAACAUUCCAGCAGUACAAAUCUCUUUGCCAACCAGAACAGCGGCCUGACGGGGUCGUCGCCGGGUAUGCCGGGCAACGUUGGCGGCCUCAUGGGUGCGCAUAGGUUUAGUAGCAACAGUGGCGGCAACAACCAUGCGCUCGAUGCGGACUGCCUGUUCGAUAUCGACGGUAUGGAAAACGACAAAACGCCUCCGCCGGACACUUACUCGGACGAGGAUGAAUGUGAUUACGAUGAUACUACCGACAACAACAAUCAGGAGGGAGGCAUGCGCAUACCGCGUAUGCCGUACCGACAGAAUAGUUCGAUAGCAAGAAGUCUUCCGAUUUCAACACCGAAGCCGAUGACACCGUUCCGUGGGAACGACGAUGAUCUCGAUGAGAUGACCGAGGAGGCAGUUGAUAUAGCGGCCAGCAUCAAGGCAAUCGCGAAGAGCGUCCACGGGGACGCAGUGUUUGGCGAUCUGCCGAGGCGGCAAAUCCAAAAGUUUACAUCGCAAAUCUGAGCUGACGACAGGAGAAGGAAAGGGCAGGGGAUCUGAAGAUGAUACGGACGCGGGUAACGAUGCAUCCCCAAAAUUGACAAAGUUUAUUUCGAUCCCGAAAGGGAGAGUAAAGGGUUCAGUAAUGGGUCCCUUCACGGUUGCGUAGGGAUCGGUUCAAUUUUUUCUUUGUUUUAUUUUUUAUCUUUCAACGUUUUCCUUUUGCUUUGGAAAAUAUUCAAAUCACCACGUAAUGGUUUAUGUUAACGAACGAAGGGCGAAAACAAUCGUCGCGGACCUAGAAAACAUAUAGCGUAUAAUCGGAGUGGGAUGUUUUCCCACUCGCAAGCAUCUGUAUCUGUGUCGAAUUAGUUAAGCUGAUAGGCUUUCCGCUGGAUAAUCGCGUUGAAGCAACUUCUUCUCGUUCGUUUGUCAAGUAACUUUUUACUCUUUCCCAGAUGAUAAGGUCGUAGCUGUAAAUUUCAAAAUAUUAUGUGUUUCAUCUGUGCUGGCUAAAACUGGAUUUGACUGUUUUCAUUCAAGUGGAAACCGUUCAUGAU